GCUCAUUUCCUUCGGGCACAAUCAUGGAAUAUGGGAAGAAACUGGAGUACAAAGGUGAGGAGGCAUUAAAGGAGAUUGAAAAGCUAACUUCAAAGGCCGAUGAAGUACAAAAUAUGAUUUUGAAAGAGAUCCUAACCCAAAAUGUGGAAACUGAAUAUAUGAAGAAGUAUAUGAAAGGUUCAAAAGACGUUUCAGAGUUCAAGCGAUGCAUCCCUGUUAUUACCUACAAGAAUAUUUAUCCUUAUAUCCGGAGAAUUUCUAACGGAGAAGACUCUUCUCUCAUCACCGGACGACCUAUAAUUGAAAUGUUAUGCAGCUCAGGGACUUCCGGCGGAGAUCCUAAGUUGAUGCCAUCAAUAGAAGAAGAUCUUGACCGCCGCACCUUUCUCUAUAAUCUCAUCACGCCUAUCAUGAACCAGUACGUUCACGGCCUAGAUGAAGGCAAGGCCAUGUUUCUUUAUUUUGUCAAGGUUGAAAUGUCCACACCUUGUGGUUUACCAGCUCGCACUGUGCUCACCAGCUACUAUAAAAGCAAACACUUCAAGUGUCGAACCCGCGACCCAUAUAACGAUUUCACUAGUCCAGAUCAAGCCAUCUUAUGCAUUGAUAGCAACCAAAGCAUGUACUGUCAGUUGCUAGCCGGUCUAGUCCAUCGUCAUCAAGUCAUGAGACUAGGAGCUGUAUUUGCCUCCGCUUUUCUCCGAGCCAUAUCUUUUCUUGAACGUAAAUGGAUUCAAUUAUCCAAUGAUAUCCGCUCCGGUCAUCUUGACCUUAUGAUCACAGACCCGGGAUGCCGGUCAUCAAUGAUGUCCAUACUUUCAACUCCAAAUCCAAGUCUUGCUGAUGAGAUCGAGGAGAUCUGUAGCCGUUCAUCAUGGAAGGGAAUAUUGUGCCAGCUUUGGCCUAAGGCUAAGUACAUUGAGGCCGUGGUCACUGGUUCUAUGGCACAAUAUAUACCAUCACUGGAGUAUUAUAGUGAAGGAAAAUUGCCUUUGGUGUGUACCAUGUAUGCUUCUUCUGAAUGUUACUUCGGAGUAAACUUGAAACCCUUGAGUCAUCCAGAUGAUGUAGCAUUUACCCUGUUGCCUAACAUGGGUUACUUUGAAUUUAUACCCUUGGGAGAGAAUGGUACGCUUUUUAUGGACAUUGAUGAAGAAAAGGAGGUGCCCAUGGAUAAGCUUGUGGAUUUGGUGGAUGUUAGAGUCGGCUGUUACUAUGAGUUAGUGAUUACUACUUUUGCUGGACUAUAUCGAUAUCGAAUUGGUGAUGUACUCCAAGUGACUGGAUUCCACAAUCAAGCCCCCCAAUUCCGAUUCAUCUGCAGGAGGAACGUUGUUCUGAGCAUUGACAUUGACAAAACAAACGAAGAAGAUCUACACAAAAGCAUUACAAAAGCCAAAAAAUUAUUGGAACCAUACAAUGCUCUACUCUUGGAAUAUACUAGCUAUGCUGAUGCGUCGACUGUGCCUGGACACUAUGUAUUGUAUUGGGAGAUUCAACAUGUAUAUUCAGCAAUCCCCCUUGAUGCAAAUGUACUUAAAGAUUGUUGCAUUGCUGUGGAAGAACAACUUGAUUAUGUGUAUAGGCGAUGCCGUGCAUACGAUAAGUCUGUGGGACCUCUUGAGAUACGUGUGGUAGAGCCUGGUACUUUUGAAGCAUUGAUGGAUUUAUGCAUCAGCCAAGGCAGUUCAAUCAAUCAAUAUAAGACCCCACGCUGCAUCAAGUCUAAUGCUGCGCUUAAGUUGCUUAACUCUCAUGUGACGGCAUCAUUCUUCAGUCCUAGGGAUCCAAUAUGGAUCCCUUAAAUGUGAAUUAGGAAUUUGCUUUUAUUCUAAGCUGAUCAUCUUCCCUCUCCUUUCUUACGCUACUUAUAAUCUUAUGAAUUUUAUGUAUUUUGUCUUCUACAGUCAGCAGGACGCCAGUUUGUAUUGAAGGCACAUUACAUUACAUGUUGCCGUGAUGAAUUAUGAAUACAUAUGUAUUUCCCUUUCUCUUGGAUGAA